AUAGUUUAACUAAAUUAUAGAAUUAUAUAUAUAUAUAUAUAUUUAAAAAAUAGAAACACAAAAAAAUUAUAGUUUUGGAUAUACUUGUUUUUAAGUUGGGUACAAAUCGGUUCUUAUUGGGUCAUGUCUAUUCGGGUCGUUUCUUUUCGGGUCUGGGUCUAUUCGGAUCAGUUCUUUCGGGAAAGAAAUUUAGACCCAAAAAAUACUUGUAAAUUUUCAGUUCGGUUCCAGAUCAGAUAUUUUUGGAUCGGUUCCGGUUCGAAUUUUCGGGUUCAGAUUAAAAUGCCUAGGCCUACUUACUCCAAUUUUUUUUGUGCACACUCCAAUUUAUAUUUCAAAUGGAGUUUUGAGUCAAAUCUCUUUCAACCCUAUUUUACCUUUCACUACAUAAUAUAUUAAAAGCUGAAUUAUUCAAAAAAUAAAUUAAUAAUACUUUUUUUUAAUUUCAUUUUUUACUUCAAAAUGUAAUAGGGUUAGAGUGAAACUUACAUUGAGAUGUUCUUAGUAAUACCGCGAUUAGUCAACUAAUUUCAUAUUCCUUCGUCUAAGAGUGUUUUCGAUUAUUAAAAAAAGUAAGAACAAUUGCAAUCCAAUGAGUACAAGCUUCAUAAUGUAAUUUGAUCAUUGAUGAAUAAAUUUGAUUUUUUUUAAAAAAUUCAGGCUUCCUGAAUUUUCGUCACGUUCUCUAUAACACGGCAUCCGCUUCAUAAACAUGCAUCGUAAACAUGUUGUAAUUAAACUACUCGUUUCAUAGAUUCAAGCUUACUCAGUGAUCAAAAUAUUUGUAAUUCUGAAACUAUUGCUAAAAGAAAUUUCGUUAUAGGAAGAGGCAUUUUGGGGACGCUUUCACAAGCAUAUUAUUAGUAUUGGGUUUGGUAGCUAUACACUAGUUGCUAAUUUUGAUCUGUAAUUCCUUAUGUUAUUUGUGUUUGUUUAUCUAUUUGUAACAUUCUAUAAGAAAUAGUUUCCUCAUAGAUAUAAAAUGGUUUAAUAGCUUUAUACUCUAUGAUUUGUUUGAAAAGAAUCAUUCCUACAGAUAAUCAAUGUUCCACCGAAAUGAUUAGCACUUGUCAUUAAUUUGAACAUUAUUAACAUAGCAUGUGCUUAGAUUCUUUCGGUGACAUGUACAUACAAACAUGAAAAUAUAAACAAUGGUGUUUGUAUAUAUAUAAUGGUGUACUAUAGAUCUAGAGUAUUACAAUCAAAUCUAUCCCAUCUUCUCAAUGGAACUUAAAACUUUGAUAUUCAUCAUCACCAUUGUUAUCACUACUCCACUUCCAUCUCUCUCUUCCCAAACCCCAUCCAACAAAACACCAACACUAACUUCUUCUCAAUACAAAUCCCUAACCCGCAACACUAUUCAACAGCAGUUUCUCCGACCACACAACGCCUUACGAGCCAAGCUUCAUCUCCCUCCUCUCAAAUGGAGCAACAGUCUCGCCCGCUAUGCCACCCGGUGGGCAAGAACUCGCCGCGGAGACUGCGACCUUAUCCACUCUGGUGGACCUUAUGGCGAGAAUCUCUUUUGGGGAAGUGGAAAAGGAUGGACCCCAAAGGACGCGGUGGUUGCGUGGGCUUCGGAGAGGAAAUUCUAUGACCGGAGGACUUACCGAUGUAAGGCGAAUGGAGAUUGUUUGCAUUACACACAACUUGUGUGGAAGAAGAGUUUGAGGAUUGGAUGUGCAACUGUGCUUUGCAAGAGCGGUGACACAUUUAUCAUUUGUAAUUAUGAUCCUCCGGGUAACGUUGUUGGACAACCACCCUUUUGAAUGUUGUGUACACCUCAUUUAAAAUUUUCUUUUUCUGAAAACAUGUUGUAAAAUUAUCAUAUAUGGUAUAUCCAUAUGAGUUCCCUUAUUUUGUAACACUAUCCAUAUGAGUUCCUAAGAAUUCACACUAA